UAAAGGUGAACAAACCCUGUAACCGUGACUUCAUUUUGCCUGAUUGUGUCCAUUUGUCCCUUUAGGUCUCGACGAUGGAGGAGAUAACGAUCAAGACAUCUCUCCUGACGCUGUACGUCGUCCUGGAGGACUUCAGGGAGGAAGACACCGACUUUAAGGCCCUUGCCUCUUAUUACGAACAUCACUACCGGGUCCACUACGGCAAGAACGUCGUCCUAGAGGACUUUAUUCUUCGAUAUUUCAGCGACCCGAGGACGACGCACAGAGACAACAUUUAUGAGUACUGGGUGUUGAUCCAUUAUCUGGAAGUGCUCGAGAGGGAGUGUGUCGCCCUCUACAGUGAGGAGUUGCUGCCUCCUGAAGCAUCAUCGGAACACUGGAGAUGGGGGCAGCAUUUCGAGUAUCUGCGGCUGCAGAAUACUAUCCAAUGGCACCUUCACCAGCUUGCCAUGACGCUCUGGGAGAGGGAGCAGAAGCUGCAGGAGGCUGCUGGUGAGGAACAAAAGGCAAGUCCUGCAGCUGAGGGAGAGGACGAAGGAGCUCCUGCAGUGGAGGAGAGAGAAGACGGAGCUCCUGUAGAAGAACAAGCUCCUGCUGCGGAGGAGGAGAGAGACGAGGGAGCCUCAGGGGAACAACAAGCUCCUGCACCGGAGGAGGAGAAAGCAGAGGGAGCUCCUGAAAAAAAACCAGCUCCUGCUGCAGAGAGAGAAGAGGGAGCUCCUGGAGAACAGCAAGCUCCUGCAGCCGAGGAGGAGAAGGAAGAGGGGACUGAUGGAGAACAACCAGCUCCUGCAGUGGAGGAAGAGAAGGAAGACGGAGCUCCAGGAGAACAACCAGCUCCUGCAGUGAAGGAGGAGAGAGAAGAGGAAGCCUCUGAGGAAAAAACAGCUCCUGUAGCAGAGGAGAAGGAGAGAGAAGAGGGAGCCCCUGGGAAACAACCAGCUCCUGCAGCAGACGAGGAGAGAGAAGAGGGAGCUCUUGGACAACAGCAAGCUCCUGCUGCAGAGAGAGAAGAGAGAGCUCCGGCAGCAGAGGAGGUGAAGGAGGAUGGAGCUCAAGAAGAACAUCAAGCUCCUGCAGCGGCAGAGGAGGAGAGAGAAGAGGGAGCCCCUGGACAAGAGCAAGCUCCUGCUGAGGAGGAGGAGAGAGAGGAGGGAGCCCCUAGGAAUCAACCAGCUCCUGCAGCGGAGGAAGAGAAGGAAGACGGAGCUCCAGGAGAACAACAAGCUCCUGCUGCUGCGGAGGAGAGAGAAGAGGGAGCCCCUAGGGAAGAACCAGCUCCUACACCGGAGGAGGAGAAUGAAGAGGAAGCAGCUAAAGAACAAGCUCCUGAGGUGGAAGAGACCAUCGAAGAUCCUCCGGUGGUAGAAAGGCCGACGCUCCGAAAACGGGUCAGGAAGGCCAUAAUGAAGAGGCUCCGUAGGGUUUGGCAUUCCACCCAAAGACUCACCUGCUGCCGCCGACCCUCCACCACGGCCUAAAUCCUUUCCUUCCAACCUACCUAUCCCGAGAGCGUAUGUCUGUGUGUGUCUGUCUGUUAUGUACAGGAGGGAGAGUGGGGGUUGUGUACAGGAGGGAGAGUAGGGGGUUAUGUACAGGAGGGAGAGUAGG